AUGUUUCUGUCAUUUACUCGUGGUUUUGCUUCGGGCAUUAUAGCAGCAAUUAUUGUUAUACUUGUUAUUUUAAAUGAAUCUUCAUAUCCCUUAUUUUUCAUGUCUCGCUUCACAAACACCAACCGAUCUCAAUCCUCAAAUAUGCAUCGAAUGGUUAAUAUUUCAUAUGAUAAUAAUCAAUUUUUUGUAUUUGAUGACGAAUCUCCUCUUGUUCGUACAUAUCUAGAUGUUGUUCGUGAUACCGUCUGCGGUUUAACUCUGCGCACGCGUGAAAGUUCUGUUAAUUUUUAUAAUCAAACACUUCCAUUGGAUAUCAAUCAACGAAUAAAAGGUUUGGACUGGCCUCUAAUUGGUAUUACUAUGGUUGGACAAAAACGUUUGAUAAAUAUCGAAUGGGCUUUAAGAUUUGUUAUUGCGAAUAAAAUUCCGGGUGAUUUCAUAGAAUGUGGUGUUUGGAGAGGUGGAAGUUCAAUAUUUGCUCGUGCCGUUCUUAAAGCAUUGAAUAAUAAUGAUAAACAUGUAUGGUUAGCUGAUUCAUUUCAAGGCUUACCGAAAGCACGAACAAAGAAUGAUAACGAUAUUUGGUCGAUAAUGGAAUAUUUGAAGGUUUCGCUCGAAGAAGUGCAAACAAAUUUUCGUUCAUUCAAUUUACUUGAUGAUCAUGUUCAUUUUUGUAAAGGAUAUUUUGUUGAUUCACUUCCAAGCUGUAAUAUUUCUGAAAUAGCAGUUCUUCGAAUGGAUGGGGAUAUGUAUGAAUCAACUAUGGAUCAAUUAUUUAAUUUAUAUUCCAAAUUACAAAUAGGUGGUGUUAUUAUAAUAGAUGACUAUGCAAUUCAAGAAUGUAGUCGAGCUAUACAUGAUUUUCGGAGUUGGCAUAAUAUAACAGAUGAAAUCCAAUCAAUACCAGAUGAUCAAACAGGUCGUUACUGGAUAAACAGGCAAAAGAUUAAAAUACAACGUAAUCGAUAUAUAUCACUUUUAUCUUCAACAAUAAAGCCUAAUCAAUGA